CGAUUUGUCGUCUGCUGUACGCGUUUAUUUCGAUCAGCUGCAACUUUAUCGAAUAAAGUAGGCUAGCUAUCACAUUCAUGCAAUAAAAUGUUUAAACGCUCGUUACAUUUGUGCGCCAAAUCAACUAUCAAUUCCCUAAGCACUUUUAUGCGCCUCGAAGCUCGCAGUACGUCUACGACCAGCAAGACAAUAUCAGAAGCAAAAGAAAAAUGGGACCUAGUUAGCGCUGUGUGUGUUGAAAGACACCCAGUGAUUUCCAAACCUUUGAAGGAUAUAGAAGCAAAGUUCCAACACUACCUUGAUCAACUGGAAUUUGAGAAUAGUAUGAAAUCCGACCACGAACUAAGGCAUAAAAAAGAUAAAGAAAUACAGGAACAAAUCAAGGCAGGCACCGGUGAAAUCGACAUGGAUGCAAUAAAACAAACCGCACAAGAUUUUGAAGAUGCUUCUUUAGACGAACUAAACAAAUUCCAAUUUGCAUCUAGGACUACUGAGGCAGACAAGAAGAAUGACUUAACAUCGUUGGAUCGCAAGUUGGAUAAAAAUUUGGUAUUGUUAGUAGAACAGCAAGUGGGUGAGAAGAUUUUCUGGAUUCCUCCACAAGGUGUUAGAAAAGAUGGGGAGACAUUGCGACAAACAGCAGAAAGAGUGCUGAAAGAAACCUGUGGCGAAACACUGAACGUCAAGUUUUAUGGAAAUGCACCGUGUGGUUUUUACAAGUAUAAAUACCCUCAAACAUUAAGAGAAACAGGUGUGAUAGGGGCAAAAAUAUUUUAUUAUCAAGCAAAAUAUUUAAAAGGUAGUUUAGCGUCCCAAGCAAAAUAUCAGUGGUUAGAUCGUGAGGAACUGGAGAACACACUGCCAGUUCCUUUAAAAAAAAGUGUAACUCAAUUUCUGAUAGAUGAAGACUGAGAACACUGACCUAGAAGCUUUUUAAAAGAGUAAUAUAACUAAAACACUGAAAUUUGUGAAACCGAUGUCUAAAAUAUCUUCUGCAAUAGGAAUUUUGAAACUGAAAAAGUUAAGACAAUUAACUUGCAAUAAUCAAGAUUCAGACUCUUCUAAAUAAAAUUGUAAUAUUGAAUCCGAUGAUUCUAAAUUUAAAUGACUAGUUCUAAUAAAACAAUAGUUUCAGCCUAAUGUUACCUAUAA